AAUACAUUUAUUGAAAAUGUAAAAUAUUAUAUUGAACGAUACGGCGUAGACAAUGUUUAUAAUUCGGAUCAGAGUGGAUUCCAACUUGAAUUUCACUCUGGUCGUACUUUAUCCCAAAAAGGUCUAAAAAAUAUAGAAGCUGUAAUACAAUCUACAUCAGCAACCACACACAGUUAUACUAUACAGCCAACUAUUUCUGCAGAUGAUAGACUAUUAUCGCCUCUUUUUAUUAAUUUAAAGGAAGUAACAGGAACAUUCGGUCCUAGAAUAAAAGAAACUAUGUUCAAAGCACCUAAUACUUUUGUUACGGCUUCUAAAUCAGGCAAAUUAACAUCGAGUCAUAUAAAAACUUGGUUGAAAGAAGUAUUUUUUCCGAAUGUUGGCCCACAAUCCGUAUUAUUAUUAGAUUCUUGGAGUGGACAUUGUCCCAACAUAAUUGAGGAGACGAGAACAGAUUUUGCAACAGAUAUUGUUUCCCUAACAAUUCCAGCCGGUGCAACAGGAAAAAUACAACCGUUAGAUGUAUACGGCUUCCCAUUAUGGGAAAAUUUUAUUAGGCAUUUUUCUGAUACUGUUAUGUUAUUAAAUCUUGCAAUUGAUCUUCAUGCUAGAAAUAAUAUAUUGAAAUUGCAAUCAUUAACGCAUCAUCAAUUCUCGUCGCCCAGAUUUCAAAAUUUAUUUAAAUAUGGUUUAAAAGUUGAUAUAUACAGACUAGACCCACAGAGUUUCAAACACCGGUUGAAUUUUACUUCCAAAGUGAUUUAA